AUGGUCCAGUUGAUGGUGCUGCUGUACAACUUGGUGUGGAAAAACGAGUAUGCGCCAAGAAAAGUGGCAUGUAAGCUGCUGCACGAUGGGAUAGUUGGAGCAUUGGAGAAAGAAGAUAGGAUAGGUGAGGACCAGCCAGAUUCCCGAAAGAAGAGGGGGUGCGCGGACCACGCAUUCAUGGUUGGGAGAAUCAUCCAAGGUAGAAAGACGGCGGGGAAGCCAACGUACUGUUUCUUCUUGGACGUGAAAAAGGCAUACGAUACAGUAUGUCGGAAUGAGCUGUCGAAACAAUCGUCCAAACAUGGGAUAAAGCGGAAAAUAUGGAGAGUGCUGAAGCAGAUGACGGAGUGUACGAAAAGCGCUGUCAUGUUUGACGGAGAACUAUCUAAAUUCUUCAAUAUUGAACAUGGAGUCCCACAAGUUGGGAAGGGAGUAAAGGUAGACGAAACUUCGGUGCCGGGAUUGCUGUUUGCGGAUGAUUGCGUUUGGAUGUCUGAUACCGCUGAGGGACCUCAACUGCAGAUUGAUGCAGCGAAGGAGUUUGCUGACAAGGGGAGAUUGUCUGCCAACGUUAAGAAGAGUGCCGUCAUGGUAUGCAACGUGGACAGGGAGAAACCAUUCGAGUAUAGAUGGAAGUGGGGGGUCGAGGAGCUUGCGGUAGUGGAUCAGUACGCAUGUCUCCGAGUAGAGAUUGCAAAAGACGGAAGCUACACCCGAUACUCCCAAAGCGGCACCUCGAUACACGCAUCAAAUCUGACGUCUGUGAGGAGCGUAGUCGUACCGCCGCUAGAGUACGCCGGAGAAGUAUGGAAAGGAAAUAAGAAGGGACAACGCUGGAGGCCAAAUUUAGGACCGGGGACAUUGUUCUUCAAGAACGUAGACGAAGAUUUAGGCAGGCUGUCCACAGAAGUCGAACGGCUGCGCGGUGAGAACGGGCACCUUAUGAGGGGUAUAGCAGACGCUGAGGCGAGGGGCUCGGAGCUCGAACUCCGCCUCCAAGCGGCGCUGAAAAGCAAGGAGAUAGACGCGGCCGCGGGCGCCGCCCGCGAAGAAGCGCUGCGAGCGACCGCGGAGCAGGCACGGGCUAGGGCCGACACAAUGAGCCAGAGUCUGGCCGAGAUGCUGGCGGACAAGUUGCAGGAAGCCAGCACCCACAUAUCCGAGCUGAGGACAGUUCUUCGACAGGAGGUGAGAAGACGCGAGGCCGCGGAGGCAGAAGUGUCCGAAGCACAGGGCUUCGCGCACAUGGACGGGAACAGCCAAGCGGUAAGACAUCUGGAGGGAGAGCUUCACGCCCGAGGGGUGGCGGGGACAGUGGGAGGAGGAGAAGCGGGAAGAGGCCCCCUCCGCGAAGAGGAGCGUGAAGACGGCCGUUCUAUGCUGUCUGGUGGGCGGGCCAGAGGCCGAUCGGAAGGCGGCGGGAAGGAGGAGGCGGGACUCCUGUGCGCUCGACGGCGCAGAGUACCGCAGGGUUUGUCGAGCUGGAAGGGCGGACAGAGGUUGUUUCUCGCCGCACUUGCUGGUUUGCGGGCGGAGCUUCGAUGUGUCAACACGCAGCUCGGUAAGGCCAAGGCUGAGAACGAAGUCUUCGUGCGCCACUGCACGGAACGGGUAGCUGUUCGCGUGGAGAGGCUGGAGCGGGCUGUGCGACAGGCUGGCCAAAAGCAGGCUGAAGCACAAAGACAAGCGUCAGAGGCGGAAGCUGCAGGAGCCAUUGACAGAAAAUCUGCGGACACGCUCAAGCGUGUCGUGAAGGGCAUAUCGUCCAUCCUCCUCGAUCGCCUGGCUGUUACGAUGCCCACCUACCUACGCGGAGGGGAAGAAGCCGGGGAGAGAGGUCAAGAGAUGUUGGAGCGAGGCUUGGAGGAGCUUACCGCUGCAGUCACAGACGCCUUGAGCAAGGUGAAGGAACGUGCCAAGCAGGCUGUUCCCGCCCAGCCUCAUGGGGACUCCUUGGCGCCGGGGAAUGGCAGAUAUUGUAUGUCGACGGUGGAUGGUAUGGUCUGGGGGGAAAGAAGUAAAGACGACUUCAACAUGCUUGCCCAGCUGCAAAAGAUCGAGGCGGAAAGCAAGCUCCAAUCGCUCCAGGCACGGCUUGAUGAUAUGACGGAAAAGUACUCGAGGGCUAUUGCGGAUCAGGAGACAGUGGAUAGUACGCCGCUACGAGAAGAACAGGAACGCGCAAAGCAGGAGCUGGCACGGGCAGCACGUGCACACAGCGGCAUCGUGUCGGCUUUGGAGGUGACGCUGGCAGCAGAAAAGAGCCACUGCCAGGACCUAAGGUUGAAACUGGAACGGCAGACACGCGAGCACCAAGUCGCCCUGGCGGAUGUCGACCAGAGGCUUCUGCAAACUCAGCAGGAGCUUGACGAGGCCCAACAGGCCUUGGAGCAGGCACAAUUCGCGCUAGAUAGAGAAUGCGCGCGGCGAGCUCGACUGGACAAAAAGUACAGCGAAUUGGAGGACCGGGGCCUCGUUUCUCCGCGGUCGGUUUCCCCGCGGUCGGUUUCCCCGCGAGUGCGGCGCCCGGAGGCUACCACUCGAAAAUUUUCCGGGGAAUCGGAAAGAAGCCAAUUGGCUCAGGCAACGCUGCCCAGGCCUUCCUCUGUAAGGUAUGUUCGCACGGUGUGUGCUGUGCAGCAGAAAUGUGCACGAUUGCCUGUGCAUACGGCUGAGAGGAAGCGAGAGGGAAACCGUUAAACGUGCCAUUUGCCACCGACUAACCAAUAUUCAUCCAACUCGGUGUGCUUACAGAUUAGUGUUGGAGGAGGCUAGGGCAAAACUCGGCCAAGAAGCCAGCGAUGACGCGGUAGGUGCGACCGGGGUCAGGGCCAGGCAGAAGGUUAAGGUCCCAGCGGGUCGGCAGCAAAGCGUGCUAGAUACGCGUGGGUUGACGCCGGAGUUGGAGUCCUCACCCGGGGACCGAGAUGGUGCAGACAAGAGUGCUUCGCCAAGCAUCAGUGCUUUGUAGGGUAGAAACGUGGCGGGAGAAUGUUGAAUGUAGCUGAGUCGUGUAUGUUGUAGCUACAUGUGCACGGCAUGAGUCAUGUUGUACGGUUUGGGGUCUCACGCUGUACAGGUAGAUGUCCCUUCACAUGUACAAGAUGCGUGUGUUCCUUGUGUUCGUGUAUCGUGUACGAUAUUGCUCGAUUGUUGUAUCUGAGCUACAUCGCCUUGAGUUCUUUUGUGGAUGGCAGGACAAGUACGCCCUUGAUUUUGAUGUAUGCGUGUAGCGUAGCAUGUUUCCGUAGGAUUUUGGUGAACACGUUAAAAGUUGUCUGGAAAAAACAACUGCGACUAAAUAGGCAUGUCGAAACACGAAAGUUCAAGAUUGUUGCU